UAAUUUCUAAAAUUACAGAUCGAAUAUCCCCGUCAUCGUCAAAAGACGAGAGAAGAUUCUCCCCUUUCAGUCUCACCCCUUUCGCGAUUGUUGUUAGUCUCGGAGCCGUUUUCGCUGGGAAAGGCUGAAAACAGUUUGAGAAUCUUGUAAACAUGGCGGACCUAAACGACCAUUUCAAGAAUGGAGCGGAGGUGGAGAUCAGCAGCAACGACGAAGGCUUCCGGGGAUCGUGGUACGUGGGAACGGUGAUCCGACCGCUGCGGUCAAAAGAUAAGAUCAUCACCAAGUUCUUGGUGGAGUACAAAACUCUAUUGGCGGACGAGGCCGGGAAGAAUCGGCUCCGCGAGACGCUGGAUGUGGUGCAGUUGAGGCCGCCGCCACCCCGAGAGGCCUGCCGGAAUUUCGAGUUCAGCGAGGAGGUGGACGCGUACUACAACGACGGUUGGUGGGAAGGGGUGAUCACUGAGGUGCUUGAGAAUGACAGAUACUCGGUUUUCUUCAGGGGGACCAGAGAGCAGCUCCAGUUCCAGAGCUUGGAGCUUAGGCUUCACCGUGAAUGGGUGAAGGGUAAGUGGGUUCCGCCGCUGGAAGAAGAAGAGAAAGUGUCAACUAUUGAUGAAAUCAAGCUUAGCAACAAAAUGUUGACAGAUAACUUUAGCAAAGGGAUGCUAGUUGAAGUUAGCAGCGAUGAUGAUGGUUUCCAAGGUGCUUGGUUUGCUGGAACCAUCAUUGAACAACUAAUGGAGGACAAAUUCCUUAUUGAGUACAAGAGCCUGAGAAAUGAUGACGAUACAGAAUUUUUGAGAGAAGAGGUUGAUAAUCAACAUAUAAGGCCCUAUCCACCUGACACUUUAGUGGUUGACCAUUUUAAUUUGCAUGAAGAAGUUGAUGCUCUGUAUAAUGAUGGAUGGUGGGUGGGUGUGAUUUGCAAAGUCCUUAAAGGUGGACGAUAUAAAGUCUACUUCAGGGGCACUAAUGAAGUACUGGAGUUCAAACACUCAGAUUUAAGGCCACAUAAAGAUUGGAUUGGUGGCAAGUGGGUUACAGCUUCCAAGGUGUCAGUUAGGGGACCUCAAAUAUCUGUGUUUCUUUUCACAAUAAAGAAAUAUAAUGUGGCCAAACUUGUCAUGUUUCCCACAUCUUAUCUUCAGUAAGUGUCAAUCUAAUCUGAUUAUGUAUAAUCUUGUUUCUUAUUGUCUUUUUUUAUAUAACCGCACAUCCAUUCUAACAUCUAAUCUCAACUACAUUUAUAUUUUACACAUGUUGGCACUUAACUGCCAAACCUGAUGGGUCAAACAAUAGAGAUGAUUUUAUACUUGUUUGAUUAGACAUAUUUAGCUUUAAAGAAAUUUUAUGAUUGUAUAAAAUUAUGACACUCCACUUUAACCAUCAUGCUUUCGGUUAUGAGUAACCUUGUCUAUGAUCUCUUUUUUUGAAUAAUUGAUCCAAGAUAUCAAAAUUGAUAUUUCUUGGGAUAACUUGAUUUUCUAGUCUUACAAUGACAUCAUCCACACUUAUUUUUAUUGAAUUUAAAUUUCACAUGUUUAGUUUUUAACUACUCUCAAAGUCUUUAGAUUUUAAGGAGUUUCUCUAUGAUUUAAGUUUAUUCAUGUCUUUUUUUAUCUUACGCAUAAAGACUAGUAUUUUCAAAUAACAUACACUAGGACACUUCUUCUUGGAUGUGCUUUGUGAGUGACAAGAGCAAAGAGGUAAGGGUUCAACGUAGAUCCUUGAUGUAAUCUAAUUAUUAUUGGAAAAACAUCAAUAUCUUCUUCAAGUGUCCUAGCAUAAGUUUUAGUUUAAUGAUACAUGUCUUGAAUGACUUGUAUAUAAUCCAUUCAAACUCAUUUCUCAAAAUCCUUUCAAAAGAUGUCUCUAGAGAUUUUGUCAUGGAUUUUCCCAAGCUUGCGAACACCAUAUGCAAAUAUUUUUUUUUUUUUAUCUCUUAGGCUUCACAUUAGAUAUUUCAAUAAGUAAAUAGCCUCCAUUUUUGAGACAUUGUUUUCUCAAGUCCUUAUCCUUUGCUCCAUUACCCUUUCCCAAAGUUCUAUAUUGUGGUUCAUUAAUUUGAUUUGUUCCUUAUAAAGAGGCACGAAAGUGCUCUUUCUGCACUUGUUUGAUAUCCCUUUUGAUUUAAAGAUCAUAUUACAUAAAUUCAUUCAGAAAAAAAAAGGUAGUCUUCUCUAAUGCAUUUUCAUGCUUUUAUUGAAUAUUAUUCAAUUCAACUGUUUUAUUAUUCUUUAUCUUUUUCUCGACAAAUUUGUUUGUAGAACAUUUAAUUCUUAUAUUCUUUGAAAUUACUAAAAUUUUUCAGCAUAACACUUUGUGUGUUUCCAUGUAUUGGUUGGUUUCACAAUAUCAACUACGUGAUGGUAAAACAACCAUACCAAUUAUCUUCAUUCAUUGCUGUCUCAUGAAACUUUUCAUAUGAAAAUGGUGUUGGAAUUUUAUCUCAUCAUUCAUUCCAUUGCUAGAGGGUUGCAUCAAUGUGACUUUUAGAAAUUAAAUUGACAUUAUGAAUGUCAUGCCACUAACCCUAUCUUAGUUAGGAUAAAGUGCAAUUAAUGAUGAUGAUUUCAACAUAACACUUGUUUCUCCAUUUACAUCAAAUAACUUUGAUGAACGAUAAAUACUUUUCCUUCUCUCCUGAUCACCUCUUCGUUUAUUAACACAGUUUGAUUUUCGUCUUUUAUGCAUUCCAUUUGGCUCAAGUUCUUAUUUUUUUCUCUUUCUUUAGCUGACUUAUAUAUUUCUCUUUUCCUAUCUUCUAUAUAAAGUCAGUGGUACAAAUUGUUAUAAGCUUUUGAUUAUGCUUCACUAAUUUCCUUCUUUGAUUCCUUUUUUUUUUUUUUUUAUUAAAUUAUACCCUUUUCAGGUUUUAUUUUUUACAUGUAUGUAAAGCCUUUAUCAAGCUAACUUAGUUUUGUGUUUUUCUUGUAAGUCCUCAUGCUACCACCAUGACUCUUUUUAGUUCGAAAUUUUUCCCUUCAACUCUCAAAGUCAUGUUUUGUUCUUUUUUAAAUAACAAUAGCCAUCUCAAUCAACAUUUGGUUAACCUCUUCUUCUACAGUUUAAUCUCUUUUACCACACUUUUUUCUUUAAAAAUAGCUUGUUCUUUUACCUUCAAAAUCCCAUUAUUUGAUUCUUGGGCUUCAUUUUAUAUCAUUGUUCUUCCAUUUUUUGAUAUAGAUGUUAAGGACCAUCAUCCUAUGUUAGUGAUUGGGCUGUCAUGACCCAAGAUUUCAUAGAAGGGCAUUAUAGUAAUAGAUUUAGCAAGUUGUUAGGAGAUUAUUUUGUAAUGCUGUUACAGCACAUGGAUGCUGUUAUUUUGUUAGAGGAAGCCUAUAAAAGGCUGUUGGUAGGAGAAGGGAAGGAGAUUAUUGAAUGAAUGAAAAUCUUAACUCUAUAUCUCUCUUAAUUCUCCUUCCCCUCUCCCAUCUCUCCCUCUCGUUCUUCUUUCCCCUCUUUUCUGUUCUUCUGUUUCUUCCCCCUUCUUCUUCUGAUUUCCCCCCCCCCCCUCAAUUCUUCUCAUUUCCUCCCCCAAAUCUGUCAAUUCUUAGUUCUAAACCUAUCGGAAUCCUUUCGAUUUCUGAUCUAAUCCUUGAGUAAACCCUAGGAUCAUGACAUAGGCAUUCUUCUUGUAUAACUUUAUAAUCCUGACAAUGUGUGGUCUUCUUGUCUCAUGAGAGAGUCGUCUAUUUGGGUAGUUGGGAUGCUAUUUUUGUAUAUGAUCAAUUGUCAUCCCACUUCUUGAACCUAAUAUUAGCUAUAAUGAGUUCUUGUCAUGGGAAAAUCUAAAUUAGGUUUACCUCAUUGUUUCUUUCUCACAAUCCAUAACCUCCAUCUGCAUCCAUAUGCCCGUUCCUUUAUUUGUCCAUUCAACCAUUUAAGUCACCUCCUACAACAAUUCUCUCCAAAUUCCUAACCAUCUUUGUUGUAUGACUAAGAAUGUUUGGCACUUAAGUAUUAAUAUGUGCAAAAUAUGAACAUAAUUGAGAUGAAAAUGUUAUAGUAUAGAUGUGCGCUCAUAUAACAAAGAGUAAGAUAAGAAAUGAAAUCGUACAUAAUAAGGUUGUAAUGGCAUGUAUUGAAGAUAAGAAAUAAAAAUCAACUAUUAAGAUAGUUUAGACAUAUAAAAAGAAAGGCUAAUAGAUACAUGUGAGUCGAGCGAAUACAAAUCAUAAAAUGGAGAAAGUUUGUAGCGAAAGGAUAAGUAGACAAAAAAAAAAAACUUGGGAAGAAAUUCUUAAACAUGAAAUAGAGAGAAUAAUCUCGCAAAGGAUAUGAUUGUGAAUAGAAAUGGUUGGAGAUAUAGGUUAAGUCCUGUUUUGUAUCUCUUCUCCUAAUCCAGCUUGUGGUACAUAUGUUCUAACAAUAUUCUUUUGCAUUUUUUUUAUAUUUUUGAACUAAUUUUUGUCAAAUUUAGUGAUCCUUUUGGGAUGUGUUAAAACAGAUGUUACCAAAACUUAAAAAUUUCUCCAGAAAGUUUUUCUAAAGGUGUGUUUGAUUGCAUUACUUAGAAUUUAAUUUUAGGUAAUAUUGCCUAGAAAACAAAAACCAUCCUACCCUCUUAGAAAAUGAAUUCUAUGGAAAGAAUCUUUAAAUGCUUGUACCAUAUAUAUUUUUUCAUAGAAAAAUUAAGAGUGUUUGAUUGUUUUUCAUAGAAAAUGUGUAAUAAUUAUAUAUUUUUCAUAGAAAAUAUGUGCAAUCAAACACACUCUAAUAUUUUUACAAGUAGUUAUAUUAUACAAUAUCAUUGAACUUUCCAUAUCUUCUUUUGCACCGGUUAAUGGAUAUUUCUGAUUUGACACAAUUUUGUUCACUCUUUACCUUCUUUCGAUGUGCUGGUGUCUUAAUUUUUGUUCUCAACAAAUAUUACAGUUUUCAUGCGUAAUGUUUAGCUAUGUGAGAAUGAGAAUAUAUU